GUCUUUACGAGACGCCUAGACACAGACAGUGACUUCGGACACUUAAGCUAAUGAAUAUCGGAGGACAGUUUUGUCCAGAACGACAGCUCAGCCCUCAUUUCCGGGAAGUGCAUGCACAGUGUCUAGUGUGUGGCACACCAACCAGCUGUCCAACACAAACACACUCCUCACAGACCCUGCGCGAGGUCAGGUUUUAAGGAAUCGUCACUCCCACACACACACACACACGCGCACACACACACGCGCGCGCACGCGCGCACACAACAAGACGACGCGGAAAGCGCCAGGAGAGGCGCGAGCGGUCACACUCUUCGUGCAUGCAUGGGGCAAAAAAGAUGGCACGCGCUUGGAUCCUAUUCGCAGUUACACUUUUAUUUACAUUACCAACAGGCUUGUUCAAGCCAGUCAUCACCCCCGAUGUUCCUCACCUGGUCAUUCUAAAGGGCGGGCAGCUGGAGCUGCGUUGUGAAGACAACACGAGGUUUGAUGCCGACAGAUUGCGGUGGCACCGGGAUAAAGGCAGGAGGAUCGAAGGAGAACAAGCGGAAGAUGGGGCCACUGUUAUCAACCUCGCCUCCGUCCAGCCGCAACACAUGGGCCGCUAUACCUGCGAGAGCACUCAAACAGGAGAAAAGAGCUCCAUUUACAUUUAUGUGAAAGAUCUGGAGAGCGCGUUUGUACGCUCCAUGGUGAACGGAUUGCUAGCGAGAGAGGGCGAGGACUGCACUUUGCCGUGCUUAGUGACAGAUCCAGCCGUAACCCAUUUGUCUCUACUGACCUGUAGUGGCACCGCUGUGCCAACUGGCCUUUCCUUCACUGCUGACCCACAGAAAGGCAUCAUCAUCCAUAACAUCACCAAGGCGUUUGAGGGAUGCUACGUUUGCACUGGUCUCAUGGGUGGAACGACGGUGAAGUCAAGCCAGUACGACGUGAACGUGAGACGAGUUCCAGAUUCUGUUCCAGUAAUAAGUCUAUCCAGAUCAGAAAACGUGAUAUUGAUGAAGGACGAAGCGCUCGAGCUCAUCUGCAGCACCUCUAACAUCAACCAUGACUUCCAUUUGAUGUGGAGCUACCCUUCAGGAGUGAACGCACUGGAGUCACAUGCCUCUCACAUCCUGCCUGGUUCCUGGGGUUACAAGCGCUCAUCUACACUCUGGAUUAGCUCAGCAGUGACGAGCGACUCUGGAAUUUAUCGCUGCCAAGCCCAGAAUGAGAAGGGUGUCUCCAGUGCGACCGUUCACCUUGACGUUUACGAACGUGGCUUCAUUAAUGUAACUGAAGGAGAGAACAGGGUCGUGGACGUGCGAGAGGGAGAGAGUCUGACGCUGCGAGUGGAGAUGACCUCAUAUCCCAAGCCAAGCUCUGCAUACUGGACUUAUAACAACCAGCAGCUUAAAAACACAUCUGAGCAUGUCAUCACACUACAUAACCAGCAAUAUAGGUACAUCAGUGAGCUGAAGUUGGUCCGUGUUCACGGCUCCGAAGGCGGGAUCUACACGUUCUCAGCCAGUCAUAAUUAUGCGUCUGUCAAUAAGUCGUUCUUCGUCCAUGUCAAUUGCAAGCCGAUGAUUGUUUCUCAGGAGGGGCCGAUUGACGGACAGGUGAAGUGUGUUGCGUCAGGAUACCCUGCUCCAAAGAUAUCCUGGUACUACUGUGAACCACAACACACACGAUGCUCUCAGCUAAUGAACGCCACACAGGAAGAUGAGGACACAGCCAUAGUGACGAUGUCAGUGUCAAAGUUUGGCCGCACUGAGGUGGAGAGCCGCCUCAACAUCACCAAGGGAAGAUACCACACCCUGGAGUGUGUGGCCACCACACAGGGAGAACAGGCGUAUACACUCUUCUCCAUCAGCGAGCGCACAGUUCCUCAUAAACUCUUCACCCCUCUGCUGACUGGAGUUGUAACAGCUUCUGUAGUGCUCAUGUUGUUUCUAAUCAUACUCCUCUACAAGUACAUGCAGAAACCCAAGUAUGAGAUCCACUGGAAGGUGAUUGACAGUAUCCAUGGUAACAACUAUACCUAUAUUGACCCCACCCAGCUGCCUUAUGAUCCCAAGUGGGAAUUUCCAAGAGAGAGGCUGCGUUUUGGUAAAAUCCUUGGCGCUGGAGCUUUUGGUAAAGUGGUGGCAGCUACAGCGUAUGGUCUUAGCUCACCUGACACAGUCACCACUGUGGCUGUAAAGAUGCUCAAGCCGAGCGCUCACUCCACUGAAAAGGAAGCUCUGAUGUCAGAGCUGAAGGUUCUCAGUUACCUUGGCAACCACAUGAAUAUUGUCAACCUGCUUGGCGCCUGUACUGUAGGAGGCCCGACUCUGGUGAUAACAGAGUACUGCUGUUAUGGUGACCUGCUGAACUUUCUGAGGAGAAAGAGGGAUGCGUUUUUCAGCUCUAAAACAGGAGAUGGAUAUUAUAAAAACCUUCUAAGCCAGACACAGUCUUCAAGGGAAGGCACAGAAAACGGCUACAUGCCUAUGAGGUCCUAUCAGAAGAAAUCUAAACAAACAGAAUGGAGUGAUGAUAAGGAUAACUUGUCUAUUGAUACUGAGGAUCUGCUCAGCUUCUCCUACCAAGUCGCCAAAGGCAUGGACUUCCUCACAUCCAAAAAUUGUAUCCAUAGAGAUCUGGCGGCAAGAAACAUUUUACUGACUAAGGGUCGGAUCGCCAAGAUCUGUGACUUUGGCCUGGCUCGAGACAUCACCAAGGACUCCAACUAUGUUUUGAGGGGAAAUGCACGUCUUCCAGUCAAAUGGAUGUCUCCCGAGAGCCUGUUUUCAUGUGUGUACACAUUUGAAAGUGAUGUUUGGUCCUACGGCAUCUUACUGUGGGAGAUUUUCUCUCUAGGUAACAGCCCAUAUCCUGGAGUUCCAGUUGGUUCCAUGUUCUACAAGAUGAUACAGGAUGGGUACAGGAUGAGUGAGCCGGAAUUUGCUCCAAGUGAAAUCUACGAGGUGAUGAGAUGGUGCUGGAGCGCUGAUCCUCUGAAGAGACCAACCUUCAGGAAAUUGGUAGAGAGGACCGAAAUGUUGCUCUCUGAAGCCACCAAACAUGUGUACUUGAAUCUCAGUGCUAACGGAGAGAGCAGUAUCAGCGAGUCAUUCGAUUGUCCAGACCUCCAGAGAGCACCGUCUCAGAGGCUGAGCUCAGUGGGCAGCACCACAGCUUCGACCCAGCCUCUGCUGCUGGCCACCAAUGAUGUUUUUCUGGAACAUGAGACUUGCUAAGGACCGAUCACUCGCCCACCACUUCGAUUCCACUCACACUUUCUUUAGCUUUUUUGGGUCAUUUUUGUUUCUGCCAGAGCAAUCACUUCACUAUAACACCUCAAGGCAUUUUGUCAAUACAUGCAAAUUUUCAUUUUUCAUUAGAAUUAGUGCAAGUCCAUAUGAAGUUUAUCAGUCUUGUUUUAUGUCUCUUUCUUUAAAGAGUAAUUACAUCCCAAAAUGGAUUUUUUUAAAGGUUAAAAACUGAAAUUCAUCCAUCCAAACUGAAAAUGGAGAGACACUACUCCCUUACCUUUACCUAAACUGUUCAUAAAGUCUAUCGGGAAUAAUGCCUAUCCAUUUUCAUACUAUGGAAACUUGCUUACAAAUGAAUAACGUUAUAACCGCCUACCUAUGAACGCUUUGGCUAAAUUGGUGGACUUCCCUGCACCAAGUGACAAGUUUGUACAACAACAACAACCAUAACCACACUUGUGGGGUGAAUUUGUGGCAUUAUUAACACUAAUGAAUAGAAUAUUUUGAUAGUUAAGAUCAGCACUAUAGUUGCCAAUGAGCAAAAAGAUGUAGCUAUCUACGCUAGUACUCUAUCGACAUUUAAUCUUCGGACAUUUAUCACUGUAACUUUUAUACACAACGUACAGUAAUUAAAUAGAAACAGAUGCAACCCGACGUGAAAUUACUGUUAUCACUAGUAAGUUGAUUAUUUUCAUAUAACAGCAUGUACAGAAGUAUACUUAUACCAUGGCAAUUUGCCAACAAUUACAGUUUUUAAUAUAUUAAUUAGCAGCAUGUCAUAUUUUUAACCAUUUAUAGUUACAUUUAUGUUUGUGGAACGUCCAUAAGACAUGGUAGCUCCUGUUAUCGCUUACCUUAUAAGAGCUAUAAGCUGUCGUUUCCUCAUCAGCCUCUCUUUUUCUCUCUCUUGAAGUAAAAAAAAAAAAAACAAAAACAA